AUGAAUCUGUUUAAUUGUGAAGGUGUGAAAACUUUUGGUGCCCUUGGAAGGCUGCCUGUCCUGCGUGUGCUUGACUUGGGAUGCACUGCUAUUACAGACAGGGAGUUACAGGGUCUCAGUGCGAGUCGCAGUCUUGUGAAGAUUGUACUCCGAACUUGCAACCGCCUUACAGAUGUGUCUCCUCUCGCAUCUGUGGAGAGGCUGGAAGAGGUGAAUGUGUCUGGGUGUGAAGGAGUGAAGAGCUUUGGUGCCCUUGGCAGGCUGCCUAGGCUACGUUGUCUUUAUUUGAGAGAAAAUGACAUUAAGGAAGAGGAAUUGCUGUCAUUUAGUACGCGAGUGAGAAUUUACAGGUGA